GCCAACCGGCCUCCCUCGAUUGCCUCUCUCGCAUUCAUUUUCUGAAGCCGCCGCACCGAGCAGGACCCACGCCGCAGGACCCCUCCAGGGGUUCCCAGGGGAGGAGGGGUCACCAAGGAGUGACCGAUGUAAGAUCCUGGACCACAGCUAUCUGAUGGGGCUCCAGGGAGGUCCACCCUCCACCUAUUUCGUAAACAGCUUUUAAACACUACAUGAAAGCCCAUUCCCAAGAAGACUUACUCCUCCGUGAUGGAGAAAUAUGAAAAAAUUGGGAAGAUUGGAGAAGGCUCCUACGGGGUGGUGUUCAAGUGCAGAAACAGAGACACGGGUCAGAUCGUGGCCAUCAAGAGGUUUCUGGAAACCGAAGAUGACCCAGUCAUCAAGAAAAUCGCCCUUCGAGAAAUCCGCAUGCUCAAGGUACUUGAUUCGCUUUUUCUGGCUCAGCUCUUGGAAGUUUUUGAAAGAAAAAAUUCAAAGCAUUUGUUAUUUUUGUAUCCACACCAUCGCACCCGACUCCACCUCCUCUCCCGAUACAGAAGAGGGGUACCAGAACAUCUCAUGAAGAGCAUAAUUUGGCAGACACUGCAGGCUGUAAAUUUCUGCCAUAAACACAACUGCAUACAUAGAGACGUAAAGCCAGAGAACAUUCUCAUCACGAAACACUCAGUCAUUAAGCUCUGUGACUUUGGCUUUGCCCGGCUUCUCACUGGACCAGGUGACUACUACACAGACUAUGUGGCCACCAGGUGGUACCGCUCACCUGAGCUGCUGGUGGGGGACACACAGUAUGGCCCCCCAGUAGAUGUCUGGGCAAUCGGCUGUGUCUUUGCUGAGCUGCUGUCCGGAGUGCCUCUGUGGCCAGGAAAAUCGGAUGUGGAUCAGCUCUAUCUGAUAAGGAAAACCCUGGGGGAUCUCAUUCCCAGGCACCAGCAAGUAUUUAGCAUGAAUCAGUACUUCAGUGGGGUGAAAAUUCCAGACCCUGAAGACAUGGAAACCCUCGAGUUGAAAUUUCCAAACAUCUCCUACCCUGCCCUGGACUUCUUAAAGGGAUGCCUCCACAUGGACCCUGCUGAGAGGCUGACAUGUGAACAGCUGUUGCAGCAUCCAUAUUUUGACAGCCUUCGAGAAGUUGGGGAGUUGACAAGGCAACAUGACAAGUCAGUGAGGAAGACCCUGAGACAGAGUCGGAAGCACCUGACCGGGUUGCAGUACCUACCUCAGCUAACUAGCAGCAGCAUCCUCCCAGCCUUGGACAAUAAGAAGUACCAGUGUAGUACCAAGAAAUUUAACUACCAUUUUCCAAAUAUUUAAGGAGCAGACAGAGUGAUGAAGAACCAAUAAUUUGAAGAAAAAAAAAUGUCGACAUUUGAUUCCUGUAGUGACCACAUAUCAAGAGAAAACACAGACAGGAGAAGCUGGAGGCCGCUUGGCAAGAUAUGAAGAGAAAUUCCAGAUCCAGACUCCCAUGCUUGGUGGAGCUGUCCAGAGAAGAGAGCAAAAGCUUGGGGUUUCACCGUUUGCUUAUCUAAGCAGCGGAGCUUGAAGACUGAACAUGAACGGUGUCUACUGCCCGUAGCCGCAACAGAUGAUGUCGAAAGGACUUCUGCUUCAGUUUGCCAUAUGCCACGUGGGGAAAGCGGAUUAUGAAAUGUCCACAUGCGUUUCUUUAGAUCUGUCUUGCCUUGAGUCCUAUCUCUACUGUUGUUUUCAAAUCAUAUUUAAGUAUGAUUUUAGUCCCUGAAGUCAGAAUGUCUGUGAUUCUAUUUCCUAUUUGCUCUUUCUUGAUUUUUCUGUUUGAAGACAUGUUUUAGGAUAUCUAAUUUGAUAGAAAUAUCUCGUCUUAAAACUUUGUAGGUUUUAUGCUUGUAUAACCAAUGAGAUACUUAUACAUCUCUUGCAUUUACUUUUAUCUUUAUCCUAAGAAAGGAUGCAUCAGAAAGGGAUAGAUAGAACAAGACUCACAGGCCUCACAGAAAGAACCUGUCAGCCAGAAAAUAAUUAUCACUCUGUUUUUCAGCUCACCCUCACACCUGAAGGCUGUUCUAUAAGCAGAACUCACAUGAUCUGGAUUUAGACAUAACUGCUUGUGGACUUUAAUGUGAAUCAGGAAACACGCAGAUUGCUAAUUGAUAUUCUCUCCUUAAAGUAUCUCUUAUUACAUUAUAUAUAUCAUGUCCAUGUAUAUGUCUGUGAAUACACACACUCACACACAUGUACACAUAUGUAUGUGUACAUACCAUGCUAAUGAAUAGAGUACAACAAACGAGGAAGUGGUAAAACGAACACAGGGGAUUUCUAAACAGUGAGACUUAAAAUUAAAAUGACCUUCGACUCGGUUUAUUGUUGCGGAUAGCCAAGCUUUUCUUCGCUGCCCCCUGGACACGGGCAUGUAAGCCCGUCUCAGUUUCUCUCUGUCAUUUCCGGUUGGUGCUCCUGGUUCACAGGAGUUCUCAGACAUGCAUUUCAAAGCUCUAUUUUCCUGCACCUUUACAACAUUUCUGCUGCACUCUCAUUUUUCUUCCUGGGUUAAUUUCAUGACAUCACUUAGCCCCGCUCACUUCCUGCUACGCAGUUUACUUAAUUCUGUUCAAUAACCUUGGCUACUCCAAGGCAAAUUAAGGCUUCCUAAGUAUAUGAAGCUUCUUCCAUAGACCUGACGGUGGGUUAAAUAACAGCCCCGGUGUUAUUCAAUUCCUCUUAAAUAGCCAUGUUAAAUGACAAGGAAGGGUAUCAACUUCUGUGAAUAGUUAAAAUUGCCUCCCCCAACCCUCUUCUUAAAUCAAUAAACAUGUAUUUGAAGGAA